AGUCGCUCUCUCUCUCUCUCGCUCUCUCUCUCUCUCUCUCAGUCGCUCGCUCGCUCGCUCGCUCUCGGUUCAUUUCCGUUUCCGUGCAGUUUUUCUCUGGAUGCAGUUUUCCUCUGUAAUAGAAGCUCAGAGUCAGUAAUCCUGUAUAAAGAGGUUAUAAGCGGUAAUUAAGGGUUAUAAUGGGGGAUAUCGAGUCUCCGGACAGGAGCGAGUCUCGCGCAGCCCAAGUGUUUUCUCUCCUGAUGAGUAAAGAACUGAUCGGAUCGAGAAAAGGACAACUUUUACUGGCAGAAGUGAUUUCAUCCUUCAUCAGUUUUGUGUGUUUUUGUGCUUCGACAGCAGCAGCGUUCAUCACCGCUCCUCUCCUCGCCUUCAUCUCCGCUCUGCUCAUCCUCUUCGCUCACGCCAUCAAAUUCAACCAAAGAUUUAAAGGCUUUCACUGGCCACUGAUGGAUUUUUUGCGCUGUAUCACCGCCUCCAUCGUCUUCUUCAUCAUCUCCAUCAUGGCCGUGUCCAGAUAUCCAGACGGGUCGUCUAAAGCUGCAGGAGUGUUCGGGUUUGUGGCCACCAUCGUGUUUGCGUUGGAUUUUUAUUUCAUCUUUAACGAGCUCGCUGACUUCCUGAAGGGCGGCGGCUCUAACGAGGAACCUCAGAACAAACAAGACGCUGACUCGGAUUUAGACUCGGAUUAAAGCUGGGAUUGGGACGUGACCGAGCCAGGAGAGGAGAGAGCUCCAGCGCCUGAAAGGAAAUAAAGCACACAUUGUGCAGGUUUACAUUCAGGCUCAGGAUUAUACACACACACACACACACGCACACGCACACACGCACACACACACACACGCACACACACACACACACGCACACACACAGUGCUGUGAGAGUUAAACCCAUCCUUGAGUACCUGAAAUUUAAACUACAACUUGAUCUGGGGACAUGUCUAUGUUUGUAUUAAAAAUACUGAGAUGUAUGAAUAUGUAUGAUAUGUAUGAAUAUGUACGAGUAUGCAAAUUAGGAAGCUCUCUAACAUCAUCUGAACUUGAUAACAUCAUAAUAAUUUUUGCAUUUUAAAAGCACCUGCACUAUCAUUAUCCUCUCGUCAUUUGCAGACUGGACUGUUAUAGGUUUACAACCUUUGUGACAUCACCAUAGCCCCGCCUCCUUUUUUUUUUCUUAAUCUGAGAACAUGAAGUGACAUUAUUGUUAGCGUAAAUGUGUUCAUGUUGCUGAGUUUGAGUGUGUUCAAGUGCGCACUUGAGUCACACACACUCCCGGGGAAGUCAAUAAGAUUCUUGUCCUGCAGUGACCAAAGCGUCAAAGACUGCGUGACCUUUUGGGGUGACUGUGACCUAAUGACCUUUGACCUUCUGUGUGAAGUGCCUUUUAUAAAGCUGUACGCUCCAGGCUUCUUUGGAUGUUAAUUAUAAUUCUAGUUUUCUAAAGAGGUUUUAUUCUUGUUAGGAAGCUAGGAGAAUGUUCUCUUUCUGAAAUCUACACAGAACCCUGACUGAAGAAACUUCACAGUGCUGCAUGGAACCCAAAAUAUUUUAAUUACCAAAUGGUUGUGUUUACGUGUUAGAAUUGGAAGCCUUUCAAACAGUGUUUAGUGUGUGUGUGUGUGUGUGUGUGUGUGUGUGUGUGUGUGUUUUACGUAUGAAGGACUUUUUUAAACUAACCACUGCUUUAUUUUCUUUAUUUUUGUUGUUGUUGUUUUAUUUUUGCACCAGAAUAAUCUGAAUUAUAACUGAGCUGAUGUGAAGUGUGAAUGUUUGUGCUGACAGGUGGGUGUCUGGUCACAUCCCUCUCACCACUCACAUGUGUACACAUAUGUGUGUAUUUUAUGUAUUUGCACGUGUGUAUUUGUGUCACUCCCGAUGACUGUAUAUAUGAGUGAACAACAUCAGAGAUCGAGGAAACUCCACAAUAUUCAGAGUUUACUAGUUUUCAAAAUCACCGCAGAUUUUCCACAGAUUCGGGCCGAGACGCGUCAAAACACGCAUUCAGCCAAAAGCCUCUUCCAUUCACGUGUGUGGAACACGAGUACCGCUAAAACCUCUCAUUUACCAACAAACAAACAUCACUGUAGGAGUGUACACAACUAUUUCCUACAAUUCGAGUAAUUUUCCACAAAAAAGCGCAAAAAACUCCACUGACUCCUGUACGGACUCGAAACUGUCCUCACCUGUCACUCACCUCAUCAACCACGCCCGUUUAUUUAUCACCAGAUAAAAUGUAUUCAUCGUGAGGACAAAUACUGGGGGAAAUAUCAGGGACAACUGAACUUGAUAUGUUGUAAAAACGACAGAACGCUGUUAAUUUGUGGAGGUGUAGCUUCAAAUCAGGGUUUGCCUAGUGUCCCUUUCACGAACAUGAGAAGGGGCGGAGUUUAAACUGUACUGCAGCCAGCCACUAGAGGGCGUCAGACCCUGUUACUACGCCCACUCGUAUAUACAGUGAGCGCUCACACCUGCUUACUGCUCUCACGCGUGUUCUGUAACACCGUACAUCACUGUUUAUACCACACUUUAUUAUUAUUAUUCUUUUUUUUAAUUAUUAUUCUUCUUAUUAUUGCACGAUUAGCAUCAUUUUAUUUUAAUACCAGCUUAAUGUCUCGGUAUUUUCUGAUUUAAACCGAGAACAUGUCGUGUUUUGUUUAAUAAAACAGGAAGAAAGAAUUGAA